UCUCGACUCAAAUCCCAAGCGUCUCCUCCCGUGCAGGAUAUUUUGGAGGGAAAUUCAUCCCCGGGUUUGCACAUGGGGCCGGGGCCAGACCUGAGGAUGCACAUCAGGCCCACAAUUGGAGACAGAGAGACACCUUCGAUUCCAGAAGACCGGCUAUCUCUCUGGCUGUCACCUUGGUCUUCUGGAUAUGUAGGGCGGAAGGCGGCCGCGCAGAUUCAGAGGGUGGCUGUGCCGGUGCCUGCACUGAGUCUCCCUGAGCUGAGGAUGGCUGGGGAUUCUGCUCUGCUUGCCCAGGACCCCGCCUGGCUCCAGAAGGAGAACACAGAGGGGGAGUCUGUGGCUCCUGGGAUGCUGCUCAGCUGUCCGCAGGAACCAGUCACCUUCGAGGAUGUGGCUGUGUUGUUCACUCCGGAAGAAUGGAUGUUUCUAGACUCUGCCCAGAGAAGCCUGUACAGAGAUGUGAUGCUGGAGAACUAUAGGAACCUGGCCUCUGUGGGAGAUCAGCUCGGCAAAUUCAGUUCGUUUUCCCAUUUGGAGCAAGGAGAAGAGUGGUGGCCGACGGAGAGAAGAGUCUUCCCGGGAAGCUGCCCAGAACCUUCGCUUCCACCCCAAGGUUCAAUUCCUAACCAAGAUAUUUUUGCAGAGAUUUCUGUUGGCAUGGAAAGGGGGCGGCCUCAGGCGGGAGAAAACCUCUACGAACGCAGUGAACUCGGAAAACCCUCGCCCGGCGUCCGACCGCUUUUUCAGUACCGGAGCAUUCGUGCUGGAGGCGACCCCUGCGAAUGCCCAGAGAGCGGAAGAUCCUUCUUCCAGCCCGCUCGGCUCCUCGUGCCUGAGAAAAUCCGCCGUGGGGACAGAACCUUCGCGUGUCGCCAGUGUGAGAAGUCCUUCAGAUACAGCUCCGACCUGAUCAGGCACGAGAAGACCCACACCGCGGAGAAGUGCUUUGAGUGUCAGGAGUGUCGGCAGACCUUCAAGUACUCCUCGAAUCUGCGGCGUCACCUGAGGACUCACACCGGAGAGAAGCCCUUCGAAUGUGCCCAGUGUGGGAAAACCUUCACCAGGAACUUCAACCUGAUUUUGCACCAGAGAAACCACACGGGCGAGAAGCCCUACGCGUGUAAGGACUGUGGGAAAGCCUUCAACCAGCCGUCCUCCCUGCGGAGCCACGUGAGGACUCAUACCGGCGAGAAGCCCUUCGGGUGCAGUCAGUGUGGGAAAGCCUUCAGGGAGCACUCGUCGCUGAAGACGCACCUGCGAACGCACACCCGGGAGAAGCCGUACGAAUGCAGCCAGUGCGGGAAGCCCUUCCGGACGAGCACGCACCUGAACGUGCACAAGAGGAUACACACCGGGGAGAAGCUGUACGAGUGCGCUACGUGCGGCCAGGUGCUGAGUCGCCUCUCGACCCUCAAGAGUCACAUGCGAACCCACACCGGAGAGAAGCCCUACGCGUGCCAGGAGUGCGGGCGCGCCUUCAGUGAACCUUCGUCCCUCCGGAAACACGCGAGGACCCACACGGGCAAGAAGCCCUACGCGUGUCAGGAGUGCGGGCGCGCCUUUGGUCAGUCUUCACACCUAAUCGUGCACGUGAGGACCCACACCGCAGGGAGGCCCUACGCGUGCAGUCAGUGUGAGAAGGCCUUCAGGCACAGCUCUUCGCUCGCCGUGCAUAAAAGGGUUCAUGCCGGGAGAGAAAGUGCUAAGAGCGGUGGCCUGCCUCUAUCAGUGUCCCAGCCGUAUGUCGGGCCCCUUGCUGAUUAA